AUGAAUACAAAUGCAUCGUUAGAAGAUAUGACAAUCAUUUCGAAAUGGAUGAACAAACGACAGUCUACUCUGGAGUACUGUGAUCUCACUGGAUGUGAUACAAAUAGUGAAAGUAUUGAAUUAUUUUUCAAAAAAGCGAAAUUCUCAAUUAAUCGGUUGUCUUAUGAACUGACACAACCCUAUGAAAUGAAGCCAUUUAGUUGUGGAAUUUUGGAUGCGACCGAGUUUUUUGCAACCAGCACAACUUCUGAGUGUCCAGUUAAUUGGAUCAAAACUGAUGAAAUAAUUAAUUCAAGUUGUGAAAGAAUUCUGAUUGAGGCGUGUUCAUUCGAUGAGAAUGAUAUUAACCGAAUUUUGAAAGGAUGGGUCGAAGGAGGAGGUCAUUCCAGAAUGAAGUUCUUCUCUGCAGCUGUGAAAAUUCUUGAUUUUGAGCUGUUAUUGGACGGAAUCGAGUUUGAAGAAAAGGAUGAAUCCCUCAUACGACCAUUCAAAUUUGACUUUAUGGGAAAAGAAGUUCAAUUCAUAUUCAAAGGAGGGUUUGAUAUCCGAAGUAAGGAUGGAAAACUUGCGACGAUUCAACAGAGAAACCCACUUGGUCCUGAAAACUACAUGUUUUGGUUCACAAUGUCAGUGUGGCCAAAUCAAUCAUAA